AUGGGUCAAAUAUUGUCCAAUCCGAUUAUCGAUAAGGAACAUCAUUCUGGAACAGAUUGCUUGACAGCUUUCGGGCUAUGUGCUAUGCAAGGUUGGCGUAUGUCCAUGGAAGAUGCCCAUAUUGUUGAACCUAAUCUUUUAGCAGAGUCUGACGAAGAACAUCUGGCACUGUAUGGUAUAUUUGACGGUCAUGGUGGCUCUGCAGUGGCAGAGUUUUGUGGCUCUAAAAUGAUAUAUAUACUAAAACAGCAGGAAAGCUUCAAGAAUGGUUUGUUAGAACAGUGCCUGAUCGACGCUUUUUUGGCUACCGAUGUUGAGUUGCUGAAGGAUGAGAAAUUAAAAGACGACCAUAGUGGUUGUACAGCAACUGUGAUAUUGAUAUCCCAAUUGAAAAAGCUGUUGGUUUGUGCCAACUCCGGUGAUAGUAGGACAGUUUUAUCUACCGGCGGUAACAGCAAAGCAAUGUCGUUUGAUCACAAACCUACAUUGCUAAGCGAAAAAUCGCGUAUUAUAGCUGCUGAUGGUUUCGUCGAGAUGGACCGUGUCAAUGGUAAUUUAGCUUUAUCAAGAGCUAUAGGUGACUUUGAAUUCAAAUCCAACACGAAACUGGGACCUCAUGAACAAGUGGUCACAUGUGUUCCUGAUAUUAUCAAACACAACUUGAACUAUGAUGAGGAUGAAUUCGUUAUUUUAGCAUGUGAUGGUAUUUGGGAUUGUUUAACUUCUCAGGAGUGUGUUGAUUUAGUUCACUACGGCAUAAGUCAAGGUAAUAUGACGCUGAGUGACAUUUCAUCUAGAAUUGUGGAUGUUUGUUGUUCGCCGACCACCGAAGGUUCUGGAAUUGGGUGUGAUAAUAUGAGUAUUUCUAUUGUUGCAUUAUUGAAAGAAAAUGAAUCAGAAUCAGAAUGGUUUGAGCGGAUGAGAUCCAAGAACUACAAUAUUCAAAUGUCUUUUGUUCAGAGAAGGAAAAGUAUUUUUGAUUUUCAUGAUUUUUCCGAUGAUGACAACGAAGUGUUUGCUGUUACCACCAAGAAAUUGCAAGACCGCUUAAAUCGUAACAGAGAUAAUGAUGAAAUGGAGAUUGAUGACCUGGACACAGAAUUAGGCAGCAGUGCUGCUCCUUCAAAACUAACAGGUGAGGAUAGAACUGGCCCUAUUGACUUGUUUUCGUUGGAAGCUCUAUUGGAAGCCGGAAUCCAAAUAAGGCAAAGACCAAGUUCCGAUAGUGAAGGUAAUACUUCUUAUUUCCAUGGUGCUUCUCUAUCUGACAUGCUGGCAUCUCUAAGUAAUGCUGCAGCGGGAGAAACCGAACCUGAUGAUGCUGAUGACAGCGAAGAAAAUGACAAGAAUGGAAAAGACAAAAAAGAUUCCAAAAUUGAAGAAAUCGAAUAA